AUGCAAGGGUAUUUGGGAAACAAUAGGAUAGAGUGGAAAUUCAAUCUAGAAAGAGCUCCCUGGUGGGGUGGAUUUUUUGAAAGGAUGGUUAGGUCAGUGAAGAGGUGCUUGAAGAAGGUAUUAGGAAAUGCUAGGUUGACAUUUGACGAACUACUGACAGUAUUGGUAGAAGUUGAGGCAACAUUAAAUUCUAGGCCAUUGACUUACACGUACGACGAGGUGGGUAGUGAACCACUAACUCCGUCGCAUUUGGUGACGGGAAGAAGAUUGUUGUCCAUGCCAGACGAAGGGUCUAGUGAAGAGGAGUCUGACGUGGGUUACUGUAAAAAACGGUAUCACUAUUUGAGUAAGAAAAAAAUGCAUUUCUGGAAUAGGUGGCGAAAGGAGUAUUUAGUUGAUUUAAGAGAGUUUCAUAAGCAGGACAAAGACAAUACUAAUAGGGUAGUGCAAAGGGGAGAUGUCGAAACUGUUUAUGAGGAUAAUGUGAAAAGGGGAAAUUGGAAAACAGGUGUAAUAGAGGAGUUAUUUGUAGGAAAAGAUGGUGUGGUUAGAGGCGCUAAGGUUCGGUUAGUUAGGAACGGUAAAGUCGUUCACCUUAAUCGUCCCGUCCAAAAACUCUUUCCUACCGAGUUGAAGCACGACGAAGGCGAGAAUGAGCGAGGAGAGAGAGAGAAAGGACUGAAAGGAAGGAAGGUAGAAAAUAAGGGCAGACCCAAAAGAGCUGCUGCUCUUGAUUCGGUCUGGAAGACACAGAAUAUGCUUGAUUAG